GUAGUGGUUGCCGUGGCUGGCCAUGUAGUUCGCCAGCAAUCGUGCUCUGAUUCAGUAACGAUUUGGUUGUGCGGUGUUAAUAAAUAAAGUGUGCUGUGAGCGCAUGUCGUACGAAAUUUUCAAUGAAGAACUCAUAGAGCGUGUGACGACGUGACGCUGUAUGACCGAACACGAAGCUUCUAUGUGUAUGUGCUCGUAUGUACUGGAAAAGGUGUAUUAGAAAAUUGUUAAAUUCCAUAUUCUAAGUAACUAAACGCUUAGCAAGUUCAGCUGAACGCGAUGAACUGUCAGCAGUGUAUGGUGUUUUUGUACUGUUAGCAAAUAAUAAAAGCUUAGCUAGUAAUCAAUUGUGUGCCAAUGUGUUAAAUUCGUAAAUUUGUGCAUAAACAAAUACAUAGGUGCCUGUCAUAUACCGAUAAAAUCAAAGCGUGUUAAGUGAAAAGUGAAUACUUAAACAAGUUUGUUGAAUUUAAAGAACUUUAGAAAACGCAAUUGCAUUUGUUAUUAAUUCGCGUGAAACCCUUGCACCCGUGUGUAUUUAAUAUCUCCCUCACACUUGGCGGCUUUUCAAUAUGAUGGACAUUAGCAGCAUGUAUGGCAAUCAUCAUCCACAUCAUCAGAACAGCUAUCAUGCCAACAGCGCCGCCACCGCCGCCGAUAUGGCCGCUGUAGUCUCCUCAACUGGUUAUCCCAACGCUUACUUUCCAACCGCUACCGCUGCGGCCAUGCCGACGCAUCACCAUCAGACACAUCAUCACCAACACCCGUUGGGAUACGCCGGCUAUGUGACGGACGGUUCGUCGCCCAACUAUUAUACGCAGCAGCAGCAACAACAAUUAACGCCUCCACCACCCUCGUUGCAGCAUGCUCCAGCGCUUCUAAAUCAAAACUCUACUGCUGGCUCCCAACUACAACAACAACAGUCACAGGCACAGCAGCAGCCAUCGAUGUACCCGCACGCACACCUUUUCAGUCCCAGUGCUGCCGAAUAUGGCAUUACAACAUCUUCGAGUGCUGGCGCGGUUACUGCCUCGGGCACACCUUUGCACCCGUCCAGUCAUUCGCCCACAGACUCUUAUUAUGAAAGCGAUUCAGUACAUUCCUAUUAUGCGACGGCUGCAGUAGCAGCAAUACCACCUGCUACCAACUCGCCGACAUCCGCGUCCAACGCGAUACAUGGUAAUGCAACGGCGCCAAUUGAUGCGCCAAUCAUAAGCUCAGAAAAUGGCUUAAGCUACACCAAUUUGGAUUGCUUAUACAAUCAAAGUGCUCCAACACACGCACAACAGCAGCAACAAAUGCAACACAAUUAUGCCUCUUUGCCCGCAAAUAAUGUUGGCAGUAGUGGCGGUAAUGUGGAGGAAAAAUACGCCACUAUGUUGCAUUCGACAUAUGGCGGUGGCUCAGGUUUACCAUUCGAUGAACCCCUUAUGCAGCAAGCCAUGUCAGCAAGUCAACAACAAUCACCACCUCAAAUGUGGCAUCAUCAGCAUAUGGCACAAGGGGGGUACACAAUGGAUGCCGGCAUUUCUAUGGAAUCACUGGGUAUGCAUCCCUUGAAUAUGGCGCACAUGCAAACAGUGCCGCCACCCCAACAUACGCAUCAACUUCAAACACAAACACAACAACAACAUUUGCAACAGCAUCAAGCGCAAUUGCAAAAACAUGGCUCGCCAAAUGGGCCGUGCAUAAGCUCGCGCAGUCAGCAAGUUGUCUCGCCCGACUGCACCGGAUUGCCUUCAUCGCCGGGCUCCUCAUCUAGUCAAGCGGGCUCACACAACAAAUCCCCGAAUCAAGCCAGCAAUUUGCCAACGUAUAAGUGGAUGCAGCUGAAACGAAAUGUACCCAAGCCACAAGCACCCAAACUACCUGCCACCAUACACGAUUAUCAGCUGAACGGGCAUCAGCUAGACAUUUGCCGUGGCAGUUUGCCCGCCAGCCAGCCGACACAGACGGGCCUACUCUUAGCGGGUGGCAACGGCAACACGUCGGUCUUGAGCAUUUGUGCGCCCAAUAUGAGCAGUUGCAGCCUGAGUGCCACCAACAAUUCGGGACGCACCAAUUUUACCAACAAACAGCUGACCGAAUUGGAGAAGGAGUUCCACUUCAAUCGUUAUUUGACGCGUGCGCGACGCAUCGAAAUCGCCAACACGCUACAACUCAACGAGACGCAGGUGAAAAUCUGGUUCCAAAACCGACGCAUGAAGCAGAAGAAACGCGUCAAAGAGGGUCUAAUACCGGCGGAUAUAUUGACACAACAAAGCGUCGCCACCACGACGGCAGCAACAACGAACAGCAGCGCAGCAGCGUCGGGUCCAGCGAAUCCCACUGGCAAUAUUAAUGUGAGCAACAAUUGCCAAAGUAGCGCCAACAGCAGCAGCAACAACAACAACAACAGCGCGCAAAUGCACAAUGGCCCCACCGUCGGUGGAAGUAAUCACAGCGCAGCUCGUUUAGGCUCGGCGACCAACGCCAACAGCAGAGAGACUGUCACACACAACAACAACAACCACAGCAAUAACAAUGGCAGUCAGAAUAGCAACAACACAAUAACUAACGGAGAUUGUAAUCUGACAGCGAAUAGCGAUAAUAGCCGUGAAUCGAAUUAACGCAAACGCAUUUGCGCCGACAUCACAACGCUGACCACCAUCACUUAGGUGUUCCCACUGAUGACUCCAUCCGCUGGACAGGUGGAAGUACACCGACCUUAUGCUUAUUUAGGUAUUAUGUGGCAGCUAUUAGUUAGGUAACUCGAGCGCGUGUCAAUUGUGGUUAGUUUUAUUUGCCAAAUGACGAACACAUUCACCCACUACAACUACAACUACAACUGCAAUUGCAACAAAAACAAUGAGAAGGGUAGAAAAUGCGAAACAACAUGUAGCAUUUGCUCAUUUGGCUGUGAUAACUGUUUAAACUAUAAAGUCAACACUUACUAAAAAAAAUCUAUAAUCAACGCAUACACACGCACAUACAUAUGUACAACAUACAUGCACAAGUACAUAGCUAGCGAAAGGUAUGUCAGUAGCUUGUAUUAUUGUACAUACUUAGUUGUGAGUGAGUAUACGAGUAUUUGCUUUUUAAGACACACACACACCGUGCAAUAAUCAAAAUUUUUACGCACAAAAGUACAGUUAUACAUAGCACAGUCGCAUAUAAAAGUAUAUAAAUAUAUAAAACGAGCAGCUACCAAAUUGCAAAACUGAUGAUUGCAUUAAAUAUUAACUUUGAUUAGAGUCUUACACCAGCGUAAGGUGUGCUAGCAGCAUCGUGAGUGCCGUAAUUCGAUGCAGAUACUCGUGCAGUGUCGUAAAAUGUGCCAUAUUCGCUGAAUACAUAUAAGGUUUGCAAUCAAAUCAAACAUUUUUAUUUAAUAUAUAAACGUAUGUAAAUAAGUCUGAAUAUUUAUAAAACAGAAAAUUAAUUGGAAAAUAAAAUUGCUCUCCACAUCUUUAAAUAUUCGCGUUCGAAUAUACGGGCGAUUCGGUUAGCUUGGUUUAAUCAGUUAAUCGAGUCAUUUGUGCUGUUAAUUAUUCAAAUUGCUGAUUAAUCGAAUAAUUUAACAUUUUUCAAAACAAAAAAAUUUUAUAAAAAUUAAAAAAACGCGUUAGCACUGAAACAUGGAUCACUUCCUUUUAUAAUAUUUUUUGAGAAAAAUAUUACCUUUAAAUUUUAUUAUGCAUAUAAGAAAGUGUUGCAUGAGAUAAACCAACAAAGCGUAUCCAUUAUUAUUAUCAAUUCGUAUAUAAUUUUCUAAAUGAGAAAGUUUUACGUAUAUGAUUACCAAAUAGUUUUCAUUUUGUAUGCUCAAAAAGUUAAAUUUAUUUUUUGGUCACGAACUUGGAUUGGCCCAAUAUGUUGUAUUUUGAUACAAUUACAACUCACAUCCCUAAAAUGAUGAAUGAGGCUAUUUGGAAAUAUCUUCAGUGAAAAAUUUUAAGUGGCACACCUUGUGUGAAAUUAAAAAAAAAAAGCUUUUUCUAUUAUUUCGAUAGGCUAUAUCUUUAAAAAUAACAUAUUAAAAUUUCUUGGCGAUAUCUCAGAUAGUUUUGAAGUUACACGCUUCUAAAGUGUUGCCGCUCAGUUCAAUCAGCUUAGUCCGUUUAUCUUUUAGAGUGGAGCCAGGUAGAAAUGGCAUUUUUAUGAAAAAAAUAAUUUUUCGCACAAUUUAGUCGGACAUUAUCGGUUUAUAUAUAUAUAUUUUUUUUUGGGUAUCAACAUCCGUCGGAGCUAUGGCCGACCGGUAGUAGUCAUUUUGAAAAGUGGUUGACGCGAUUUCUUGAUUUUGGGUAAUCUGAAACAAACGAAACAUUUUUCAUUUUGAAGUAUGUCAAUAAUUGUAUUAUAAUUUUGUUAAAUAGCGAUGAACAAUGAUGUAGUUCAUGCGAUAGCCAAGACUUCGCCAAACUUUUAAAAAUAUUUAAAGCAAAUCGGUUCAGUAGAUCGGUCGAAAUCGUGCCAACGAGCGCUCGAGACCUUGCAUCGAGUCUCAGUUUCAAUCACUUUCAAGUAACGUUUAAGGCACAGCAAGGUUUCUAUAUUAUCCCUAAGCGUUUAAAGUGUCCGAAAAUAUAAUUAAUUUUUUUUUUUAUAAAAAAAAAGGACCUGUUUUCGCUUAAACGCAUAUUUUUGAAACCUACAUUUUUCGAAUUCGCUGGAGUGAUUACCCAGAGACAAAUAAUACGAUCUCUAACAAAUUAUAUUUUAGCGCCGUCGGGGAUCGCGUGUAACUCGAAAAAUUUUUAUUUCUUCUUUGAAAAUUUCACUGUAUAUUCUUAAAAUAUGUAUGUAUAAAUAUUCGCUUGAAAAUUUUAAACAACUGAAACAGUAGCAUUUUCUUUGACAUUCUCAAAAAUCGCCGUUUUAUAGGCUGCCACACUGGGUGUGUCGCUUAAAAUAAGAAUAACAAAAUAUGACUCCAUUUUUUUUCAAAAAGCAUUCAACCGGCACAAUGUUCACCGCCGAGUAUCAGUUGAUAUUGUUCAAAUCAACAUUUGAUUUCAAUAAAGUGCCACAACUUUUUUCGUAGCGAAUGCUUAUCUUAUGGUCACGAAAAUAUAUUUUUCAUAAAACUCCAAAUAUUUGCAAUAAAUGUAAAAAGAAAUUCGUUUAAUAUUUUAUUUAGAUUUGUGGAGGAGAAAAUUUUCGAAAGUUGAAAAAAUAAUAAUAUUUAUAUUUUAAUGUUAGAUUAUAUAAUUGGAAACAAACGGUACAGUUUUAAUAUCAUUUGACUAAUAAAAUUUGCUCGAAGAGUGGAAAGUAUUCAGACUUAGCAACGUUGUAAAUACAAUAGUAUUUAAAAUCAAUAUUACCUAUAUUAUCAAUAAGUGUUCUGUAAAUUAUACACAACUGUAACUGUACAUAUGUAAGUAUGUACACACAUAGCUAAUUGCCAUUAAAAAAUAUAAAUAAAAAAUUAAACAAAAAUAUGUAUGUAUGUAAAUUUCGAAAUUUAAUAUUAUUGAUACAAAAUACAAACUCAGGGUUUUGCAGAUGGCGAAAUAUUGUUAAUUUCUGCAAAAUAUUACGAAUAAGCGAAAACAUGAAAUUUUCUGAGAAGUUAGUGAAUACAGAUAGUAAUGCAAUGAAAUAAUCAAAAUAUAUUAUUGUAACACAUAUUUAUUUACUUUAAGCAACAACUAAGGCAUAUUCAAUUGAAUGUUCACAAACUACCAGUAUUUAUUAGCUUCUUUGUAUUACUAAAUGAUUGAUACAUAUACAUAUACAUAUAAAUAUGUACAUGCAUAUUAUUGUAUAUGUUACAAAUCGCAUUCUAUUUGUUACAUUGUGCUAAAUUAUAUAUAAAUUCUCUUUAUUUAGACUGGCAUAAGCGAUUCCUCAAAAAUGAUUGUACAAUAUAUCAAUUGAAAAUCGUUCUACAUAUAAUAGGUAUGUGAAGACGAUAUGUUUAUUAUAGCACUAAUUUUGUUGUAUAUUUAAUCAUGAUUCAUAAUUUUAACUUAAUAUAUUAGAACAAACUAGUCCUAAUGGUAAUAUACAAAUGUAUACUAAGUUAUAAAUUAUUGCAAAAUAAAAACUACAUAAUUUCAACUGUUG